AUGGAGGAUGUAGAAUCUGAAAGUCACCAUGUGUUUAUCAAUGGCAAAAGAAAAAUGCAGCCUGACAGAAAUAGAAGUGAUGAACACGUAAGGGAGCAGCAAAGACCAGAGAAACAGUCCCUGAGUACGUCUAUGUGUCGGGAGUCACACUGGAAAUGCCUCCUUCUCUCCAUUCUCAUGUUUGUAUGUCUGGGUGCAGUGACUUGGUGCCAAGUAACCAGCGUGACCAAGCUCAGCUUCGACAGUUCUCUUAAGGGUAGGUCCAUGAUCUACCAUGGUAGUCCUUGCUCAGAUGGUUAUGUCUACAUCCCCUUGGCUUUCCUUGCUAUGCUUUAUGUGGUCUACCUUGUAGAAUGCUGGCAUUUUCAUUCAAAAAAUGAACUACAGAAUAAAGCAGAUGUUACCAGUGUUCACGACCAGAUACAGCGUAUGCGGCAAGCUACACCUUGUAUCUGGUGGAAGGCUAUCAGCUACCACUUUGUUAGGCGUACUAGACAAGUCACUCGCUACCGACAUGGUGAUGCUUAUACCACUACUCAGGUCUACCAUGAACGGGUAAACACUCAUGUGGCUGAAGCAGAGUUUGAAUACUCCCAUUGUGGUAUAACGGACAUCUCCAAAGAUUUAUUGGACUUGGAACGUCAUCCAGCAACAAAAUUGAAAUUCACCAAGUGCUUCAGCUUUGCCAACCUAGAGUCUGAAAAUUCCUAUCUUACUCAGCGUGCCCGAUUCUUUACAGAGAUUGAGGGACUGGAUGACUAUAUGGAAGCUAGGGAAGGAAUGCAGCUGAAAAAUGUGGACUUUAAGGAAUUAGUAAUUGCCUAUGUGGAUCUAGAACGACUUCCAUGGUUUGUUUCACAUUAUGCUUUCUGGGCAGCAGCAGUACUCAUGCUUUCUUGGCCACUGAGAGUUUUUAUAGAAUAUAGAACUGCUCAUGUGCAUUACCACAUUGAAAAACUUUUGGGAUUAGACUACCAGGCACCUACAACUGAAGAGGAACCUAUAUACAGAUUCAGAAUGCCAAGAGUCAGCACCUUUGACAGUACAGAGCUGGAAUGGCACAUCUGUACAAACAGACAGUUAAUUCCAAGUUAUUCUGAGGCAGUGAUGAUGGAUCUCACAGACACAUCACUGUGUAAUGGCUACUCUUCUUGUGGAUACAAUGGUGUUUUGCGUACAUGUGAAGGUUGCAACAGGACCUCCAGUAAUUCUUCCAUUUUUUCCCGCCAUGCUAUGCAUAGCUGCAGUGCGGGCCCAUCUCACCUCUCUCUCAGCACCAGUCGCUUCUCACUCUGCCAGCUGCAUGGAUCCCACAGGACAGGGCUCUGGCGCAGCCGCAGUAGUAGUUUGGCAGAAAGAGGUUGCCAGGAUGAAAGAUGCUGCUCCUAUUCUAGCCAGCUGGCAAUCAAUGAAAAUCCACCAACUUACCAUGAUGCCCGCUUCUUUCCAGUGCUCAUAGUCCACCGUCAGGAGGGUUGCCGUAGCAGAAAUUUUUGUAUCCACCGUUCUUCAUGCAUGGAGACAUCAUUGUGA